AUGUCGGUCAAAUUGGCCUGGAGGGCUCUGCCGCCAACCUGUGCCCUCGGGCGCGUUGGCGGCGCUGCUGCUGCUGCUGCGGCCUGCAGGACAGUCAAUCUGCGGCCCUCGCCUGCAUUGCCGAUCACAGCAAAACCGAACCGGAGAAAUGCCAGUACCAGCAGCGUUACAACAGCCACCAAGGCUCAGCCCAGCACGGGUGCCGGAGGGGACUCGGCCCCGGCGUGGACCGGGAAUGGCGUUCUUGGAGUCGCGCUUCUCGCCGGUGUGUUGGGCUGGGGUCUUGCGACGAUGACGACGAGCGGGACUGGAAAAGGGCCCACUUUGCUGGAUAGCAAGCAGCAGAUGCCGCGAUAUGCCAGCAUGCGGGAAAUGGAGAUUGCCAUCCAAGAAAUUCGCGACGCAAUAGGCCCGGAUGAGGACAUUAUAUCCACGGACCCAGACGACCUCCAUGCGCAUGGAUACUCGGAAUGGUCCACCGUGAACACGGAAAGCCUACCGGUGGCUGUGGCGUACCCGCGAUCCACGGCGGAUGUGAGCGCUAUCGCUCAGGUCUGCUACAAGUACCACGUCCCCAUCAUCCCUUACUCAGGCGGGUCAUCGCUCGAGGGCAAUUUCUCGGCACCCUUUGGCGGAAUAAGCGUAGACUUUGCUUACAUGGACAAGAUCGUCCAGUUCAACCAGGAGGACAUGGAUAUCGUUGUGCAACCCAGCAUUGGGUGGCAGGAUCUGAAUGAGCAAUUGAGCAAGAUGGGCAGUGGGCUUUUCUUCCCGGUUGACCCUGGCCCGAGUGCGAAAAUAGGAGGCAUGAUUGGGACCAACUGUUCCGGCACCAAUGCCGUUAAAUAUGGCACGAUGAAGGACUGGGUCAUCAACCUGACUGUCGUGCUCUCUGAUGGUAGGGUCAUCAAGACGCGCCGACGGCCGAGAAAGUCUUCGGCGGGGUAUAAUCUUAAUAGUCUCUUUGUCGGAUCCGAGGGCACACUAGGCCUGGUGACCGAAGCAACGCUCAAGCUCGCGGUCAUCCCGGAGGACCUCUCGGUAGCAGUUGUGACGUUCCCAUCGAUCCGCGAUGCGGCCGCGGCCGCCGCCGAGGUGAUGCAGACGGGGAUCCCCGUCGCGGCGAUGGAGAUCAUGGACGAAGUGCAGAUGCGCGUAGUCAACCUAGGCGGUGCGACGGCGCCGCGCGUGUGGGACGAAGUGCCGACGCUAUUCUUCAAGUUCGCGGGAACGAAGGCGUCGGUGAAGGAGAACAUUGGCAGCGUGCAGCGUAUCGCGAAGCGCAACAGCGGUUCCAACUUUGAGUUUGCCAAGGACUCCAGAGAGCAGAAGCUGCUGUGGAGUGCCAGGAAGGAGAGCUUGUGGAGCAUGCUUGCGCUCAGAAAGGGCGGGGAGGAGGUUUGGAGCACCGACGUGGCCGUCCCCUUCAGCAGGCUGGCUGAUAUCAUCGAGAUCAGCAAGAAGGAGAUGGACGAAUUGGGUCUGUUCGCGUCGAUCCUGGGCCACAUCGGCGACGGCAACUUCCACGAAAGUAUUCUGUACAAUCCCGUCAACGGCGAGCGGGAGAAGGUCGAGGAAUGCGUCAAGAAGAUGGUGAAGCGUGCGAUCGACAUGGAGGGUACGUGUACCGGUGAGCACUCAAUCGGGUGGGGCAAGAAGGAGAGUCUCUUGCUGGAGGUCGGGCCCGAGACGUUGGAUGUCAUGCGCAAGAUCAAAGGGUCUCUGGAUCCGCGCUGGAUUAUGAAUCCUGGCAAGAUCUUUGACCGCCAGUUGUGA